ACUUCCAGUCUCCCUUGAGUUCUUGCCAGGAGCUUGGAACUUCAGUGAAAUUCUGGGAAAUGGGUUUUGAUCAAUCUACCACAACAUCUUACAAAGCCCUCCCCACUUCAAUAAGUUACUAUCCAUGUCGAAAGUGCUGCUCACUUCUAGAAAUGAAGUCCAUAUGUAGUCUAAUUGUGCUAUUUCUCGUAAUGCUUCCCAAUGCUGCUGCAUAUGAUCCACUGGAUCCAACUGGAAACAUUACUUUAAAAUGGGAUAUUGUCUCUUGGACAGCAGAUGGCUAUGUGGCAGCGGUGACAAUGAGCAACUUCCAAAUGUAUCGUAGCAUCAUGAGCCCUGGAUGGACUCUAGGGUGGCAAUGGGCUAAGAAAGAAGUGAUAUGGUCCAUGGUAGGAGCUCAAACCACAGAGCAAGGGGACUGUUCCAAGUUCAAAGGAAAUGUGCCUCACUGUUGUAAGAGGAAUCCUAUAGUGGUUGACUUGCUCUCUGGAGUUCCAUAUAACCAGCAGUUCUCAAAUUGUUGCAAGGGCGGUGUGGUGUCAGCUUGGGGACAAGAUCCUAUUGGUUCAGUCUCGGCCUUUCAGGUGAGUGUUGGAGUUGCAGGAACUUCGAAUAAGACAGUAAAACUACCCACAAAUUUUACUUUGCUUGGUCCGGGGCCAGGGUACACUUGUGGCCCUGCAAAGGUUGUGCCUUCCACAGUCUACUUCACACCUGAUCAUAGGCGAAAGACUCAGGCAUUGAUGACAUGGAAUGUGACAUGCACUUAUUCACAAUUUCUUGCCUCAAGGAACCCAAGCUGCUGUGUUUCAUUCUCAUCUUUCUAUAAUGAGACUAUCACACCAUGUCCAACCUGCGCUUGCGGUUGCCAGAAUAAAAAAAACUGUGUUAUGAGUGAUUCAAAGCAGGCACACAAGAAAGGAAUAAACACUCCAAGGAAAGACAAUGCACCAUUGCUACAAUGCACACAUCACAUGUGCCCUAUAAGAGUACAUUGGCAUGUAAAGCUCAACUACAAGGACUACUGGCGAGUGAAGAUUGCCGUCACCAAUUUUAACUACCGAAUGAACUACACACAGUGGACGCUUGUUGCACAGCAUCCCAAUCUCAAUGCUGUCACCCAAGUCUUUAGUUUUGAUUACAAGCCUCUGGUGCCCUACGAAGCCAUAAAUGAUACCGGCAUGUUUUAUGGCAUGAAAUACUACAAUGACCUAUUAAUGGAAGCAGGGCCCCAAGGAAAUGUCCAGUCUGAGGUGCUCCUUAGGAAAAACAAGGACACAUUUACCUUCAAGCAUGGUUGGGCAUUUCCCCGGAAAGUCUACUUUAAUGGGGAUGAAUGCUUGCUGCCCCCUCCUGAUACCUACCCUUUUCUACCAAACUCUGCCCAUGUAAAUCCAAUUCCCAUAUUGACAAUGGCGUUCUCGGUUCUCUUUUUUAUGUUUACCAUUUAGAGAUCAUAUGGAGAGAAGAAGAUUCAGAAACUAUUACAAUACAUAAAGAAGAGUGGUUUGUUUAUGUUGGACCUUCAUUCCUUACAUGUAUGCAUCAUAACUCACUUCUAGAAACAUGCGGAUCUGGUCAGGGUGGGAUGAUUUUUGAUAGGUGUGCAAAAAGUUUCCCUUUUUGAGCUGCAUCAAUGGUGCAUCAUGGUGUAAAUUGAAUUGUCUCACCUUCUAUGUCUCUAAUGCAGCUUAAGUGUCAAUUAAUAUUAA